GGCCAGACUCUGAUGAUAUGUAUAAAAAUGGAGUCCCGAUCAGGAAAGGAAAACGAGAUCACCCACACGUCAGAAGAAAGGCAACCAAGUAACACUGAAACUGAUGAUGAUGAUCAGGGGCUUACUCCAAGAAGAACAUUUAUUAUUACAAAUAACGAACUGAAUGAUUUUCGGCGUAUUGAAAAUGCGCCAUAUGUUGCCUUUGGAAAAAUGAACACGCCUGAGAAAAAGAAGUUUGCUAUCAAUCUAAAUGAAGAAGCGACGAAAACCACCUCAAUUUCGCUAAACGUCUAUGAAGUGAUGAUGCUAUAUUGGAUAUUUUUAGCGAGGCAAUAUUUGAUAUCUGCUACCGGAGAAAGAUUAAGUACAAUCAUUAUGAUGUUGGAGAACAUGAUGCUAUAUUGGAUAUUUUUAGCGAGGCAAUAUUUGAUAUCUGCCACCGGAGAAAGAAUAAAUACAAUCAUUAUGAUGUUGGAGAACAUGAGGCAAUAUUUGAUAUCUGCUACCGGCGAAAGAAUAAAUAGACGCAGGCAAUAUUUGAUAUCUGCUACCGGUGAAAGAGUAAAUACAAUCAUUAUGGUGUUGGAGAACAUACAACAACAAUCAUUAGGAUAUGCAAUUUGGAUAGAGGAAGAGCAAAAAGAUUUGCCGAGCAUCACUAAUGGUAAUUUAAAAAAUUGGCCAUUUGAAUCCGGAGAGCAAAAAGAUUUGCCGAGCAUCACUAAUGGUAAUUUAAAAAAUUGGCCAUUUGAAUGCGGAGAGCAAAAAGAUUUGCCGAGUAUCACUAAUGGUAAUUUAAAAAAUUGGCCAUUUGAAUCCGGGGAAGAAUUUUCCCUUGAUAGACAUCAGAAUAGUUCUGUAAAUCACCCUGCGUUUGAGGCAAACCAACAAAGGAGAAAAUUUUAUCAUACUAUAUUGUGUAUUGACACGUCUAAAAGCAUGAAAUCGUCAAAAUUAAUGACUUGUUGCUGCAUCCAACAACUUUUGAGAGAGAUACCAGAACAAAAUCCAGAGUUUGAAGAAGUUAUAUCUGUAGUUUGCUUUGGGAAAUAUCUUCGCUUUUACGAAUAUAACCCCGAAGAUCCCGCUGGCCACAUCCUAUUCGUAAACAAUGAACUUGAAAAUCAUGACCGUUCAUGGAUUGGAUGUACACCUCUUGCUGAUGCUUGUUUGAAGUGCAUUUUUUUGCAUACCCGUGUUAAAGAUCGAUUAAGACGGAAUACUGCUUCAGUAACCAUUAAAGGGCGAGUAGUAAUGUUUACCGACGGAAAAUGCAAUUCAAAAAGAGUACUAGACAAUGAGGACGACGAGAAUACUAAUCCGUUGGAAUCUAUGCAGGAUAUAUACAACCACUUGAAUGAUCUAUGGACCGGAUUUCGUACAGAAACUCUCCCAAUCUUUUGUAUUAUAUCAUCAUAUCGUGACACUGAUCAGAACUUCUUGGUUUCUAUGGCGAUAAACACCAAUGGAAAAGUUCUUCUUCGUGAUGAAAUAUCGGCGUUUUCUAAAUUCAUCGAAGUUGAGAUAUUAGCUGCAAGAUAUAAAAGCGAAUGUAGAGGCUUAAAUUGGCACCAGGUUAUUGCUUACCUUAGAAUAAAACUUGGGCACAGGGAAUGUUUGUACUUAGAUUACGCUACCGAAUGUAUUCUGCGUGAGAAUGGUGAGAGUACAUUAAACGUUAGCAAUCACAAUUUCUUGCCUCGGUUGAUUAGAAGACACCCAAAGCAAGGAAUAUAUGGCUGGCAACAGAAAUCUCAGAGCGGAUGGGUCUUCUUCCCAAACGAAAUAAGCGAUGAAAUCGAGAAGGGUUAUUCUGCAUGGCAACUUAGUAAACUGCAAACAUUUACAAUCGAGAGGCACACGGAGAACCAAGAAAUAGAUGUGUUGCGUUUUGACCUGACAAACAUGACAUAUCGUGUUAUUGGUAAUGAUGGAAAGAUAUAUAUACAACGAAUUUUUAUGGGUAAUGACUGGGGUUGACAGAAACAAACAGGAGACUCAGUAUGGGCAUUACAGAAUAGUUCUUUUACGGACCCUCAGGUUCUUUGCUUUAUAAUACGACAGAGUCAAGGUUUUAUUUGGCUCACUGUUAAUACCACGUAGUUGGCCCAGAGCUAUGCAAAAUGAAGAACGGUUUUUUGAGAGACUUAUUUAAUUUGACACGAUACAGUUUUGUUUCGUUCUUUUUCCUUGUCAUUGUCAAAUAAAAUACACAAUAAAGAAGUUUUAGGCAUCCAGUUAUGGCAUGGGUGUAUUCGAUCAUAUUUAGA